UCCUCGCUCUGCACUCUGCGCAAUCGGAAACACAGCCACGUUGGAACACGCAAAGCGGCAACCCCCAGAGCGUCUUCGUCAUUUCAACCUUCCCGAGAUUAAAUCGAACAGGUUCAUCCUUUCUCUGACAACCACCUUCCAUCCUCAUCAACACCGACAGCUCUACUUAGCUCUACUCCGUAUACUCCACCAUCAACUACUCUAUAUACACCAACGGCGCAUCGCAACAUAGUAUAGCUCAGCAACCGUCACCAUGUGUUUGAUAUUCACGUGUGGCGAACACACGUUCCGCAAGGAAGUCGAAGGGUACGAAGGCAUCGUCUGCCGCUGCCACAACUGCGGCAACUACUCGGCCUCUGUCAUCAAGUCGCAUCCCUGGUUUACCUUUUGCUUUGUGCCCGUCAUCCCUCUUUCCAUGAAGGGCUACGAAGAUGUCAGCUGCCGGGUGUGCAACUAUUCGCAGCCGCUUUCGCACCGGCAGGAUGUUCAGCAGAUGCGCGGGGGAGGGGGGCAGGGGAUACCGAUGCAGCCUCCGCCUCCCGGGCAGGGGAAUCAAGGAUGGGGACAUGGGCCACCGCCGCCUAAUGGGCAGAUGCAGUAUAAGUAACAGAGGGGGGGUUGAGGUAUGCAACGGAAGGGGAGGAUGAAGUCGAUGGUGCGAAGGAGCGCGGAUGAUCUAAUAUGGCGUUGGGGA